AUGAAGAAGCUGAGUGUUUUCAUUAUUUUCCUCUUGCUCCUGAAGUUUUCUCUCAUCUUGUGCAGUUUGACAGAAGCCAGCUGCUUUUGGAGAACUAAGCACAAUGAAGAUUAUGAGGGAGAGUUAUGGACUGACUGUGGUUUUGUUCUUACCAUGGAUCCAUCACCUAUAGAGGAUGAUUUCUACAGUAGUAUAAUUGAUUUCAGAAUACCAACAAGAAAAUAUGAGUUUUUCCUGGUAUUGUUUUUUGCUACUGAUGAGAUCAACAGGAACCCUUAUAUUUUACCCAACAUGUCUAUCUAUUUUUUCUUCUCUUCUGAGUUGUGUUUUGAUACAUCAAAGGUAAUCGAGUUUGUACAUUCAUCACGCAACAGCUACUUAAGAUUUAAUUAUGAAUGUGGACCAUCUUUAUGUUAUACAUUACUUAUAGGACCAUCAUGGACUACAUCUGUAAAAUUGACAACAUAUACCAUGAUACCACAGAUUUUCUUUGGACCAUUUCAUCCUAUCCCGAGUGACAAUGCCCCAUUUCCCCUUGUCUACCAGAUAGCACAUAAUGAUGCAUGUUUGCCCCAUGCCAUGGUCUCUUUGAUGCUUUAUUUUGCAUGGAACUGGAUAGGGUUGGUUAUCUCAGAUGAUGAUCAGGGAAUCCAGUUUCUCUCAGACUUGAGAGUAGAGAUGCAAAGAAAUGGAAUCUGUUUAGCUUUUGUGAAUAUGAUCCCAGAUGAUGUGCAGCUAUAUAUGGCAAGAGCUGUAAUAUAUGACAAUCAAAUCAUGACUUCAUCAGCAAAGGUUGCUGUCAUUUAUGGUGAAAUGAACUCUACCCUAGAAGUCAGCUUCAGAAGAUGGGCAUAUUUAGGUGUACAGAGAAUCUGGGUCACCACCUCACAAUGGGAUGUCAGCACAAGCAAGAGAGAUUUCUGCUUUGACACCUUCCAUGGGACUGUUACCUUUACACACCAUCACAGUAAGGUUUCUAAAUUUAGGAGUUUCAUGCGAACAUUGAACACUUCCAUGUAUCCAGUAGACAUUUCCCAGAUGAGAACACAAUGGAAUUAUUUUAAUUGUUCAGUCUCUAAGAGCAACUAUAGCUCAAUGAAUCAUUGUUCAUUCAAUACUAUAUUGGAGUGGUUAUCACAAGACAAAUUUGACAUGGUCCUGAGUGAAGAAGGUUACAAUUUAUACAAUGCUGUGUAUGCUGUGGCCCACACCUACCAUGAACUCAUUCUUCAACAAGUAGAGUCUCAACAAAUAUCUGAACUCAAAGGAAUGUUUUAUGACUAUCAUCAGAUGGUUUCUAUACUGAAGAGCAGGGUAUUUAUGAACCCUGUUGGGGAGCUGGUAGACAUGAACCAGAGAAAAAAGCUGUGUGGAGAUUAUGACAUUUACAGCACUUGGAAUUUCCCUCAAGGUUUUGGAUUAAAAGUGAAAAUAGGAGGUUAUUCCUCCUAUUUCCCACAGAGCCAACAGCUGCAUAUUUCUGAAGACUUAGAGAAAGCAGAGGCAGGCGCGUCUCUUCAAGUUCCCACGUCUACAUGCAGUAUGAUGUGCACUCCAGGGUUCAGGAAAUUUCAUCAGGAACAAACACCAGACUGCUGCUUUGAUUGUGCCCAGUGCCCUGAGAAUGAGAUUUCCAAUGAGACAGAUAUGGAGCAUUGUGUGAGAUGUCCCGAUGACCAGUAUUCCAAUGCAGAGCACACACACUGCCAUCAAAGACGUGUCUCCUUUCUGGCUUAUGAAGACCCAUUGGGGAUGACUCUGGCCUGCAUGUCCCUGUGCUUCUCAGCACUCACAGCUCUAGUUCUUGGAUCUUUUGUGAAAUACAAUGGCACCCCCAUUGUGAAGGCCAAUAACCGCACUCUCAGCUACAUCCUACUGGUCUCCAUUGGCUUCUCUUUUCUCUGCUCAUUACUGUUCAUUGGUCAUCCCAACAUAGUCACCUGCAUCCUGCAGCAGACCACAUUUGGAGUCUUUUUCACAGUGGCUGUAUCUACUGUGUUGGCCAAGACAAUUACUGUAGUGCUGGCCUUUAAGCUCACUACUCCAGGAAGAAGGAUGAGAGGCAUGCUGGUAUCAGGGGCACCUAACUUUGUCAUUCCCAUCUGUACCCUGGUCCAACUUGUUAUCUGUGCAACAUGGCUUGUGACAUCACCCCCCUUUAUUGCCACAGAUUUGUCUGAAUAUGGGCAGAUCAUCAUUGUGUGCAACAAAGGCUCCGUCAUUGCAUUCCAUUUUGUCCUGGGAUACUUGGGCUCCUUGGCUUUGGGGAGCUUCACUGUGGCUUUCUUGGCCAGGAAUCUUCCUGAGAGAUUCAAUGAAGCCAAAUUCCUGACCUUCAGCAUGCUGGUGUUCUUGAGUGUGUGGAUCACCUUCCUCCCUGUCUACCAUAGCACAAAGGGAAAGGUCAUGGUGGCUGUGGAGGUCUUCUCCAUCUUGGCCUCCAGUGCAGGGCUAUUAGGAUGCAUCUUUGUCCCAAAGUGUUAUCUCCUUUUGAUGAGACCAGAUUAACAUUAUUUUCAACAGUACAGGGAUAUCUUUAUUGAACCCUUCAUAGUCUUAAUAUUUUAUACUAUACUUGUAAUAUCUGUGUUUCUAUUGUGUGAUAUUUUGAUUGUGUGAUAACAAAUAAAACUUGUUUGGAGUCAGAGGGUGGAGCUAGCCACUAGAUGACCUAAAUUAACCACAGAGGUUUGGAGCAUUAUAUUCAGAGGAGAGACAGGAAGUAGCAAGUGGGGAAGAUAGAGGAUCUCUGCCCUUCUGGAUGGAGGAAUGGAAGAGGGAGCAAUCAACUAGAGUCUGCUCCCUGUUCUAUGAUCGUUCAAGUUCAUACACCAACAUUUAACUGCUAUUUUUAUAGAUAAAUACAAAUUAAAAUAAUGCUUUAUCUUAUGCUCAAGUGGGGUAUGAAUGCAUGAGAAAUACAGAGGAGCUGCACAGAGGAGCUGUACCCACCAUAGUCACGGAGCUGCUGCUUGAUUUUUUAUUUCUUCUCCAAGUUCUCGGAGUAAUUCCAGGAUUUUACUGUUGUUGCAGUCUACUAAAGCCCCAACUCCAUAGGUAAAGUGGGUCCAAGCAUUGAUUGGGUUAGGCCUUCACCACCAGCUAGCUCUGUCUUCAGGCAGCGCUACGCUUUCACUCCAUGCCCAUAACCCUAGACUUGGAGGACUAGGGUGCUGGGUGAUAGUCUAUCUUCUCUACAACAGUGAAGCUGCAUUUAUGGUAUCCUAACCAGUCAUUUAAAUAUGGCCUACUGAAUAACACCACCAGUAGACAUGAAAAAGAGAUGGGGAAAUCUCACAUGUCCACACCCCUAGAACCACAGGCAAUCAAUGAGUGCUGAGAGAUGGAUUCCAGCCUUCUCUAGGGAUGAGCCCAUGCCAGCAGCAGUAAAUGUACUCAUUAGAUGUUUGUGUCUUUCUCUGUGUUUGUGUGCACAUCUCUAUCUCUUUGUAUGUAUAUCAAAUUUCUUAACAGAGAAUUUAUGAAUUUUACAUGGAGAAUGGGGACAAUAAAUGGGGUGGAGGGAGAGGAUGUGACACAAAUGAUGUAAAUAUAGUUCUUGUG